AUGGCUAACUGUGUCAUCGUCGUCGCCAUCACGGCUGUUCUCUUCACCAAUGUUGCCAUCAUCAUCUCGUUUGCAACUCCCAACUGGGUGACCUUCCAAGGGAACGCCUCCACCUUCUGUGACUGCUCAGACUGCGAUUGUGGAAUGUGGCUUUAUUGCAGAGGUGGCUUUUUAAAUGACGGAUCCACCGACAACUGCCACUGGUUUUUCUCGAAUAAUUUCGAUCUGGAGAUGAAGUUGCCAG